CUUCCGUGUCGGCUAACGUGAACUAGCUCGCUGUGACAGCCUCAGUGACACCGGUCGAGGUGUUUCCACCUGCAGCUUCUAAACGUCGUUCCGGUGUUGAAGUCAGACAGGGGCAACUCCGAAACUCAGCGUCCACAGCGGGGUCCUGUCUGUCGACUUGAAGCUCCCUCACCGCCCCUUGGUUCUACCCGCUGAUCUCGUCCUUAACUCGGCCAGGUGUUGCCUCCUCCAGCCCCAUUGUGGAUCUUUAGCCCCUCCGGCAGGACAGUGGCAGAGCCAGAGCCAGACCCAUCGGGGACCAGACCAGCAGGCAGCAGGGCUCCAUGAGUGCGACGGGGCAGCAGCAAGGGGGGGGCCUGCGUUCUCGCCGAAGCCUUGGCCGGGAGAAGGAACCCGGGCAGGGCAUGGGCAUGGAGGCGGCCUGCUGGCUGGCCCCCGGAGUGCUGCGCAGGCUUAUCGAGCUGCCCUCACCCCCCCUGUCCCGACACCAGCUCAAGAGACUCGAGGAGCACAGGUACAGCAGUGCUGGCCGCUCCCUGCUGGAGCCUCUGAUGCAGCGCUACUGGGAGUGGUUGGUGGGACGAGUCCCCUCCUGGAUCGCCCCAAACCUCAUCACCAUCAUUGGCCUCGCCACCAAUGUCUUCACCACCCUCGUGCUCGUCUACUACUGCCCCACUGCCACCGAACAGGCUCCUCUCUGGGCGUACCUGCUCUGUGCCGUGGGUCUGUUUAUCUACCAGUCACUUGAUGCCAUCGACGGGAAGCAGGCCAGACGCACCAACAGCAGCUCUCCACUGGGGGAGCUGUUUGACCACGGCUGUGACUCCCUCUCCACCGUGUUUGUGGUGUUGGGAACCAGUAUAGCCGUUCAAAUGGGAACCAACCCAGACUGGAUGUUCUUCUGCUGCUUCGCCGGGAUGUUCAUGUUCUACUGCGCCCACUGGCAGACAUACGUGUCAGGAACUCUGCGCUUCGGCAUCAUUGAUGUGACUGAGGUGCAAAUCUUCAUAAUAAUCAUGUAUUUGCUGGCCGCCGUGGGAGGAUCAGCUUUUUGGCAGUCACUGAUUCCGAUCCUAAACGUCCAGAUGAAAAUGGUUCCGGCCAUCUGCACUUUUUUAGGAGCCAUCUUCUCCUGCACCAAUUACUUCAGAGUUAUUUUCACAGGAGGUGUGGGCAAAAACGGAUCCACAAUAGCAGGAACCAGCGUCCUCUCCCCCGUCUUACAUAUUGGUUCGGUUAUAAUUUUGGCGAUGAUGAUUUACAAGAAGUCUGCAGUCCAACUCUUCGAGAAGCAUCCGUGUCUUUAUAUCCUCGCAUUUGGCUUCGUCUCGGCCAAAAUCACCAAUAAAUUAGUCGUAGCGCAUAUGACAAAAAGUGAGAUGCAUCUCCACGAUUUAGCCUUCCUGGGACCAGGACUACUGUUCCUGGAUCAGUAUUUCAAUAGUUUUAUUGACGAGUACCUGGUGCUAUGGAUUGCAUUGAUCAUUUCCUUUUUCGACUUGGUGCGUUACUGUGUCAGUGUUUGCAACCAGAUUGCCUGCCAUCUUCACAUUUUCGUUUUCAAAAUCAAGCCUUGUUCGGUGCUCAGCUCCGCUCCUCACUGAGGACUUGCCCGGCGGCGGCGGCAGCGGCGGCGGCGGCAACGGCCAUUACUGACUCUGUCCCUCCUCCCUGUUAGCCGCACUCAUCUUCUCCUCCCGCUGUUUUCCACGUAGAGACGCAGAGGACGGCGACGGCGACGUGGUGUAAAAGUAUGUGCUUCUGCCAACUGAAUGUGAGGACAAAUAAUAUAUACUAAGAUACUGGAGUAUUACUGUCAUUGUUUUCCUUUUUCUUCAUCUUCUGCCCGUUAUUAAGAAUCUUCUGACAGACUGACGGUGACGCACAGAGCGGAUGUUUUCAGGAGAGUACGGGUGCUACUCAGUCUGUUCACAGAGGAGUUUUAACUGUCGCAAAGAACAUGUAUAGGAAACCAAUCAAACUCUUUGCUUACAUGAUUAUAAUUUUUGUAACAUUUGCAUAACUUAACCUUUUUGCUAUUGUAAAUACCAAAACUGUCACUGUGUGUGUGUGUGUGUGUGUGUGUGUGUGUGUGUGUGUGUGUGUGUGUGUGUGUGUUUGUGUUGUGUGUGUGCUUAAAGUUACAAAUCCUGCUCGGACACAUUUAUAAAUCUUUUCCUUCAUGUUUUUGAUUUUUUUUUUUUUUUUUUUUAAACAACUCGAGCACAUUUCACUCACUUGUCAGCAGCUUGUGUUUUAGGAGGAAACAUGAUGUAAACGUUAUUUCUUUACAUAUCUGAAUGUUCUCAUCGUAAGGAAAAAAGAAAAAGCGGCAGAUGUUUUCUCUGCCUGUUACGUUGUUGAGAGUUCUUUUAGGGUUCCUCCAAUCUGUUGGGAUUGUGUUUAUUUAUUGUCAUAUGUGAGUCACAUUAUGAAAUGAGUUUGGUAGGUUGACGCUCAAAGGAGGGUUUGUUGCCUUGACACUUUAUUUUAUGUAAAUAAGACGUGACGUGCACAAAAAAGGAAAAGCAUUCUCGCGUUACAAAGUUAUGGAAACUCAAAGGUCUGAUACGUCUGCUACGGAUCAAACGUUCAGAAGUGAGAGCCUUUCUCACAUUUUACAGUUACUGAGGAAAAUAUUGUUUUAAAGUGGAGCAGCUGUGAGUUAGUUAAACUCUCCGUCUGAUGUUUUGGUUUCACUUCCUGCUCUCUUUUACUUUACGUCCCUCGUCUUCUCAUCGUGUUGUUUUUAGUAUUUAGUGUCAAUAAAUCCCAUGAAAAUAGAAAGUAGAGCGCUGCAGGAAGAAGAGCAAAGACCCAGAGCUCACAUGAACUGAUCAGAUUAAAGUCUUCUGAUUGGAUCUUAAAACCAGGAUGUUCAAAAGAAGAAAAAGAUUAGAAAACUGGAUAAGUUCAGGUUAUUUAAUUUUUUUUCUUGUCUUGAUAACACCUCCAGUUUGUGUUAAAUUUUGUCGUAUGAUCUUGAUAACUUUGAUCCCCCCCCCCCUCAAAGACUCUGAAUGAUCCUGAUCCCAGCAGAGGACUGGAUCCAGUCUGGAUGACAAAAACAAAACUGAGAAUUAAAUAAAAAUGUUCAAAUGGUCAAACAAAAAAGAAACUUUUCUGCAGUGAUGUUGAUAGUUUAGAAGUUUUUUCCUUGUUUAAGUUGACGUCACAUUGGAGGGGGGAGGAUAAAACAUUUUACUAAGGGGUGCCUGUUGUCUAGUGGUUGGUGUGUCGCCCAUGUGCAGGGGCUGUAGUCCUCAGCCGAGCGGCUGCAUGUUGUUCGCGACUCUCUCCCUCUGAUGUCUGUCUCUGUCCACACUCCUGUCUCAGCACAAAAAGCCCCAAAAUACACUUUAAAAAAAACAUCAUACUAAAUAGUGUUCAUUUAAAAACAUAAAAUUUCAUUUAAAGCAGCACUGACACCUUCUCAGUUGGUGUGGAUUUGGCGCCCUCUGUGGACAAAGUGCAGUAUUUCAUUCUAUUUAUUGUUGAGCAUUAGACAAUCAUUAAAAGUCUGUAUCUAGAUCAGGUGGAUCCUGUCCUGGUUUUCUUUGAUAAAACCAGACAAAAGUGAUCUGGAUUACCUGAUCCUGAUCAGUCAAACAAUUUGAUAUCCAAACCCGGGUCCUUCUCAUCCUGAUGAAACCUUUUGGCCCUGGAGAAAGUGUUAAGUAAAUGUUUUUCCUGAACAUGACUGAGAUACGUCGAGGCAAGCGUGAAGAAGAAGCGACUAAACGAUCGUCACGCUGAACAAAUCGUUGUUGAAUUUCGACUGACUGCUUUGUAGUUUUCUUAUCGUUUUACUAACAGGGAUCACGAUUCUUUAAAAUUAAUAGGAGCGAUUAUCUAAGUAUGGUUCUGAACAAAACAUUUGAGUAUCACAAAGAUCAGGUUUUAUUCCGAACAGGAUGGAGAAGUACAGUUGUUUUGUGUUUUCAUGGGAUUUAUUGACAUUUAAAACCUUAAAAACAAACCUGUAACUGUUGUCUGUCUAAACAUCUCAAGCCUUCCUCCUGAACAAACUCACUUCAUAAAAGUUGAUGUUAGGGUGCCGGUAACCUAGUGGUUAGUGCGCGUGCCCCACGUACAGAGGCUGUAGUCCUCCAAGCGGGUGGCCCAGGUUCAAAUCCGACCUGUGGCUCCUUUCCCCUCGCUCUCUCUUCCUGAUUUCCCGCUCUUAUUUACACUCCUAUCUCUGAAAAGACAAAAAAGUCAUCUUUAAAAAAAGCUAAUGUUUAAUCUGCUUGACAUUGUGUUUCCUCUCAAUCACACCUGCUGAUGGAGAACAGGUGCACAUAGACUGAAUGUGUAGGAGAUGAGGUCACCGUGAUGACAUCACAGUUUCUGAGGGAGGGUUGCUGACGGAACAUAAAAACAUGUUCGUUUGGCGUCGCUGCUUUUCUGAUACAGUCGCACGCCUCACGUGCUUAAUGUUGCUGUUGCUGCUGCUGCUGCUGGAGAGACUCCACAGCGAGGGGGGCGGUUUGCUAAGAAGAACAUAAUGCUCGUUCUUAACGACAGAGUUAAGGUUUUUGUUUUCGCAUAUUGUUCCUGUUUGAUGAGUUUAUGUUUUGUCACGUGCACACCGGGUACUGAGCAGCUAGAGUUUGUGUGAAAAUAUUGGUGAAAAAAAACAAAAAAAACUCAACGCCGAGAGCAGACUAAUGUGAGACUGACCAGAUGUGUUCAGGUGCAGGCUGCUUUUGUCGUAAACCGCAGUGAUCUGAAAGCAGCUGUUCCCAUCUACAUACCCCCCCGCCCCCGCCCAGUGUUAAAGGGUUGUUUCCACAAUUCACACAAACAUCGUCCUCAAAUGCCUUGGGGUUGAAUUAUUAUAACGUAUUAGAAAAUAAUCAAAAUGUUACACAGUAUAUAAAAUAAAGAUGUAAUAACCUGAGAAGAAAAAGUUGUAUUUCAUGUAACUGUUAUAGAGUUUAAAAAGUCAUAUCCCAUAUUAAGUUUGAUUUCACAAUAAAACGCUGACAGAAGGUAACAUGAACUGGCCGUCGAUAUUUUAAAAGAUGUAAUAUAUUGAUCAUUAAAGUGAUACUUUGUGGUGAAAAAAA